AUGGCCAUGAAUUACAGCACCCUCACUUCUGCAAUUGUUAUCGCCUUGUUGGCGUGGUGCUCUACCGUCAACCAAAAUGCUGUCCAAGCACUCAGUCCAUCGUCAAGCUUCCCUGCACAAACAUCACAGCAACGUUUCACAAAGAGUCGAUUGUUUUCUUCUACUGAAAAAGCUGGAUAUGAACCCAAGUGGAAGAAGAAGAAGACCUUAGCUGAAGAAGCAGGCUCCGCCGAUGGUCUUGGAUUUGAGAAAGUCGGUCUCACAGGAAGGAUUCCAGUCGUCUUUGAACAAGGCAACAAUACUAAGACAAGCCUUGCAUUUGCCGGUCAACCCUUGCGAGAUGUCGCCAGUCAAGCUGGUCAAUACAUCAAAUAUCAAUGUGGCAAAGGAGAAUGCGGUACCUGUGAGUGCAUGGUCAAUGGAAAAUGGAUUCGGCCCUGUGUUGCCACUGUCCCAGCAUUGGCAGAUGGCGAAGAAUUCAAGAUCCAACUCAAGGCAAUCUCCGCCAAGAGCGCCAGUUCCGGCACAUUCUUCUCUAUCAGAUCCUUCAUUAUGGGAUUCUGGAAUAACUUGCUAGGAAUGGUGGGCUUUGUGAAAAUGCGCCGUGCGGCCCAGAAAAACUGGUCGGAUCGUCAAUCCUACGAGGGUCGUGUGGCCCAGAGGACCAGAGAAAUUCGGGCUGCAAGGCUUGCAAAGUAUGCCAAUUUGUCACCUUAA